GAAAAAGCAGUGCUAUGGCCUAAAGAAACAGUCAGCGGUUUCUGGUUUUGGUAAACAGCAGUUUUUCCAAGCUCAGUUGACUCCGCCACUCUUAAACGCGUUGGCAUUUAAUAUUUCUUUCCCCCAAUGUUUACCCAUGUGGGGAGUUUCCGUAUGACGGAGAGCGUGUCCAGUCCUGCCGUUUUUCCAAUUCUGCGCUUGGUGGCAGAUAUUUGAUUUGCUCCAGGGCCGUAAAGUUUAGGAGCUAGGGUUUCGAUUACAAGGGUUUGCAGGGUUGGGAUUUUACUGGAGCGGAGGUGAGGGGAGGUUUCGUUACUGAUGGCGGGGGAGCAGCGACAGUAUGGUGUUUUGAGCCCCAUAUCGACGGCAGGUCCCAGCGGAGCAGAUCGCGCUAGGAAUCGACAGCUGGAAGAGUUUCUGAAGAGUCAAGGGCUCUAUGAGGGCCCCGAGGAGGCUGCGUUGAGGAAAGAAGUAUUGGCUGAGAUUUCUCAGAUUGUGAAAACAUGGGUCAAGUACGUAACAAAACUAAAAGGUUAUGAAGAACAAAUGAUUGAGGAAGCCAAUGCUAAAAUAUUUACAUUUGGGUCAUUCCGAUUAUCUGUUCAUGAUCCGGGGGCAGAUUUAGAUACUUUAUGUGUAGGUCCAUGUUAUGUGAAUAGGGAGGAAGACUUUUUUGUCAUUCUGCAUGAGAUACUGGCUGAAAUGCCAGAAGUUACUGAGCUCCAACCUGUACCUGAUGCUUAUGUACCUGUCAUGAAGUUUAAGUUCCGAGGGAUAUCUAUUGAUUUGUUGUAUGCGAGCAUAUCACUUUGGGUUAUACCAGAAGAUUUGGAUAUUUCUCAGGAGUCAGUUUUACAGGAGACUGAUGAGCAAAGUGUUUUGAGUCUAAAUGGAUGCAGAGUUGCAGAUCAGAUAUUGCAACUUGUACCAAAUGUUGAGCAUUUUCGUACUACACUACGAUGUAUGAAACUCUGGGCCAAAAAGCGAGGUUUAUACUCAAAUGUUACGGGAUUUUUGGGUGGUGUCAAUUGGGCAUUAUUAGUUGCUCAGAUUUGUCAGCUCUAUCCAAAUGCAAUUCCCAGCAUGCUGGUAGAAAGAUUCUUUCGCGUUUAUACUCAGUGGCGUUGGCCAAAUCCAGUGAUGCUAUGUCCUAUAGAGGAGGGGACUCUAGACUUACCUGUGUGGGAUCCACGUAGAAAUCCUCGGGAUCGAACCCAUCUAAUGCCUAUAAUCACACCAGCAUAUCCAUGUAUGAACUCCAGCUACAAUGUAACCAGUAGCACACUUCUAGUAAUGACAGAGCAAUUUGGGAAUGGGAAUAAGAUUUGUGAGGACAUUACAAUGAAUAAGGCAGACUGGACUGCUCUUUUUGAGCCUUACUGUUUCUUUGAGUCAUACAGAAACUAUUUGCAAGUAGACAUUAUAGCUCUAAAUCAAGACGAUCUGCGGACAUGGAAGGGCUGGAUUGAGUCUCGGUUAAGGCAGCUCACUUUAAAGAUUGAGCGGGACACUUUUGGCAUGCUACGGGUACACCCUUAUCCUCAUGGAUACUGUGAUCCAUCUACUCAGGGAGAGCGUUGUGCAUUUUUUAUGGGUUUACAACGGACUCAAGGAGUGCCAGUACAGGAGGGUCAGCAGUUUGAUAUUCGAGGAACUGUGGAUGAAUUUAAGGCUUCAUUGUUUUCAUACCAUCUUUGGAAACUUGGAAUGGACAUUUUUGUUUCGCAUAUUCGUCGUAGGCAGAUUCCAUCAUAUGUUUUCCCUGGGGGGGCAAUACCAAAUCGAUCUUCAAAAGUUGCAAAUCCAAGAAUGAAGACUUCUCCUGGAAGUAAUGGUGGAAACUCAGUUGAUUAUUCUGCAAGAGUUGCAAAUCAAACGCUGAGGGCUUCACCAGAAAGCAGCAGCGGAAACUCUUGUGAUGAUUCUGCAAGAGACCUGAAUCAAACGAUGAGGGCUUCUCCUGGAAGCAGCAAUGGGAACAUUGGUGAUGAUUCUUCAAGAGUCACAUGUCAGACAGCAAUCAUUUCUUCUGGACAGAGUAUUGGAAACUCUGGUUGUCAACCUGGAGAAGAGUGUGACAAGAUAAUGUCUGCGAAUUUCAAAAAGAGAAAACAUGAUGGUGAACAAAACAUCUUCAAACGAGAGAAACAAGCAAGUAUGAGUUCAUUUGGUGCAGCAUCUUCUUCUGGGUUGGACAGUGGUGGUUUAUUUCAAGUCAACGCAGAGGAGGUAGCUUUUAGGACUACUGAUGGUGAUCUGGGAAACUGUUGUAAAGACAAUGGAGUUCCAGUGGUGCCGUGUGGUGCUAGAGCUAUUGAAAUGGAAUUGCUGGGAAAUGGUCAUGUGGUAAAAGCAGGAAAUUUUCAGAAUGGGCUAGUUGUGGAGCAUUCGCCGGUGUCACUUGGAAAAGUUUUGGUAACUCAAGCUGGAGCAAAAGCUGGAUCUGUGAGCAAGCCUGUUGCAAGGGUUGGUCUUGCUUCAAUAGCAUGAUACCGAAAAGGUGCGCUUCAAGCUUCUGAGAACUCUACCAUCUACAUUUUCUGUGGUAAUAUUGUUCUCAAUUGUAUCGUUCAAACUAAGACUAACAUCUUUAACAACGAUGGGUGCGGUACUGUAAGUGGUUCCUUUUUUUUUUUUUUAAUUUCUCAUUUUUAAGAAAGACAGUUAUGGUGUCCAAAGGGUCGGGUUGGUAGGGUUAAACGGAUUUCCUGACCUCAUGGAGAAAUAUUGGAGGUAUGAAGUCCCAUGCAGUGAGGUUUAUAUCACCAAAUACAGGCGUGUUGAAAUCAUAGAAUUACUGUCUUCCUCAUCUGUGAGCGUGCCUUUUGCUGAUGCAUGCGGUGCUCCUUGUUGACCAAAUGUAGAGGUAAUCUGUUCUGCUGCAGAGUCUGCAGGUAGCUUCUCCAGUGCAUAGAGGACCAAUGGUUCUUUCAAAAGGGUUAUACAUCUGUUCUUAGUUUAGUUUGUUUUUAGUUGUAUACUAGCUAAUUUAGGUAGGGAUCCAGUUUUUAGCAUUUGAGAUGUAUAUUCAUUCAUUUUGGUUCAGAUUACGAGGCCAACAGGCAGAGUAAUCAAUUCUCUUUGAUACAGAACCAAUUGUUGCACUCUUAAUGUAAUAAAAUUUCCCCGCCCCUGUUAUUUAUGUUA